AUGAAUAAGACCUCCUGUGAUAUCAGCUUUGACUUUACGGGCAGAUUCCUUCCUCCUGUUUUCAUCUUAGUAUUCAUCGUUGGUCUGGCGGCUAAUGGAUGGGGAUUGAAGUCUUUGAAGCUCAACUGGAAGAAACUGGGGGACAUCAAUGUUUUUGUUCUCAAUCUUGGUCUCACAGAUAUUUUAUAUCUGCUCACACUCCCAUUUCUGAUGGUGUACUAUUGUAUGGGGAGUAAAUGGAUCUUUGGAGACACAUUCUGCAAGAUAACAAGAUUCUGCUUCAACCUGAAUUUAUAUGGCAGCAUUGGGUUCCUUACUUGUAUAAGUGUGUACAGGUACCUGGCCAUUGUCCAUCCAAUGAGAGCAAUGGGAAGAUUAACAUUCACACGGUCUGUGGCUAUCUCAAUCAUGGUUUGGCUGUUGGUGAGUGUUCAAAGUCUCCCUGACAUGUUCUACAUCAAGACUUGGAGAUUUGGAAACGAGUCUGGGAAAUGCUAUGAAACCACCAGUAAGAGAUAUGUUGAGGAUUACCUGAACUAUAGCCUCGGAUGGACACUUACUGGAUUUUGCAUCCCCUUUCUCAUCACACUGGGCUGCUAUGGACAUAUGAUUGUCAUUCUCUGCCGCAAAGAUACCACUGACAAGGUACUGAAACAGAGAUGCUUGAGCUUAUUGGUCAUAUUGAUUGUUCUCUUCUGUGUUUGUUACAUCCCCUAUCAUGUACUGAAAAACCUCAACCUCUGGGCAAGAGUUCUGUCCAAACAGCGGAUAUGCUAUGAAUGGUUUAAUGGAGUCUACAUUGCUCAUCAGAUAAGUCGUGGACUUGUGUGUCUGAACAGUGCUCUCAACCCUCUGGUUUAUCUUCAUGUACAUGAAGAUAUUCCUGCUCAGCUCAGACAGCUGCUCCAGCGAGCUUGUCCCAUGUUCAGCCGUCCGCCUUCAACAAACUCUGGUAAUGUGUCGAUGACAGAAAUGACUAAUUUGAAUGGCAGAGUUUAAUAAAUGAAAAAUGUUGCUAAAAAUGCGCUUUAUAAACUUGUCUUGUGCCUUGCUUAGUUUUGUAUUUGCAAUAUGCAGCUUAUGUAACCACCA